CCAAUCCAUCAAGUCAUGGCUGCACAAACUACUACCAGCGAAGCUGAACACUACUCUUCCUCUUCCCCUUCCCCUUCCCUGCCCCUCAACGGCCGCGUAGCCAUCGUAACCGGCGGUUCGCGCGGCAUCGGCCGUGCCAUUGCAGCUCACCUCCACUCCCUCGGCGCAAGGGUCGUCGUCAAUUACGCUUCAUCAAACUCAGCCCAAGCAGAUCAAUUAGUGUCCGAGCUCAACCAGACAACCCCAAAAUCGCAAGCGAUUGCGGUCCGAGCAGACGUCUCGGACCCGGACCAGGUGAAGCAGCUCUUCGACAAAGCCGAGCAAGAAUUCGGGACCCAACUCCACAUCGUCGUGAACAGCGCGGGCGUUUUGGAUCCCAAAUAUCCUAGCGUGGCCAAUACGGCGGUGGAGGACUGGGAUAACACAUUCAAUGUAAACACCAAGGGGGCGUUUUUGGUUUCUAGGGAAGCGGCGAAUAGGGUUACGCGCGGCGGCGGUGGGAGAAUUAUUAUGAUUACAUCGUCCGUCGCCGGGCGGCUUCCGCCUGGGUACGCAGCCUAUGCGGCCUCCAAGACGGCGGUGGAGACGAUGGUAAAGAUUUUGGCCAAGGAGCUCAAGGGCACCGGAAUAACUGCCAAUUGCGUUGCGCCGGGGCCGGUGGCGACGGAGAUGUUCUUUGCCGGGAAAAGUGAGGAGACGGUUAAGGGGAUUAUGGAUGCUUGCCCUCUGGGUCGAUUGGGCGAGCCCAAGGAUGUGUGUGGGAUUGUGGGGUUUUUAGCGGCGGAUGCUGGGGAGUGGGUCAACGGCCAGGUCAUACGGAUCAACGGUGGAUUUGUCAUUUGAUCAACUCUAGCAUUUUGUGUGUACUUGCUGUUUGUCUUGUGAUUUCAAAAUUUCGGAAUCAGAUUCGUUGCUUUGAUUCCGAUUUAGAUACACGCUAUUUUAAAUUUGUAUCAAUGUUGACGGGGGUUCGUACAUAAGUUGUAAAUUUUUUAGGAGUCCUAGACUAUAAUACCUGUAUGUGAAAUAACGUCCCUAAAAUUAUAAAAAAAAUUCGCCCCAACUUGGGAUCGGUUGCGUA